GUAUGCAGACUUGAAACGUCGAGAUUACUCAGAAUUCACUCAAUUCAAUCAUAUUAUUCAUUAAUCAGCACUCCGUUUCACAGAAAGAUAUUAUUUGCUACACUGAAAUUAGAUUGUCCAGCAUGUCUCAUGCAGAUAGUCAGUUCUUGCGCUCUUUGUUCACGAACUUAUGAGAAUCGCAGUACUGUACUUGCUCUGUGCAUAAGUUGAAAUUAUUGUAAAAAUUUAUGCAAACCAGGUUCGAUAUUUGAAAACUUUUUCCGUUUCAACUUUGUGCAUAAGUGUUUAUCCUGCUUGUGAGUGUUGGUUAUAGAGCAGUAACGUGUCAAAUAUAUGCAGUACGAAAACCCCGAACAACCUCCCGUCUCGUGUUUCUGAAUCAACGAAUAAAAAAGUCGGCCCCGAAUCUUGAGCCAGGGUCACACCACAAAAUCUGCAAUCACUCGCUCCCAACCAACUUUAGAGAUGUUCGCUUUAGAGUGUUUGGCACUUGGCCGCAAUCUCUCAGUUGUUUAAAGAUCGUGGAGUGACAAUCGUUAUACUGCAUUGUGUUUUAUAUAUACACGCAUAUUCGUAGUUUUUUUAAAAUUAAACAAAGUUGCAUUUUUCAGUAAUAACUCGGUGCACAAUGUUGUGCAUAAAAGUUUUAAAUUAGUGAUCCGACUGAAUGUAAAGUCAGCGUAUCCCAAAUAAAACACUUGGUUUACUUUGUAGUGACUGGCUCAAAUAGUGUCAUGGACUUCAAAGAGAAGCAUUCUACCCCAAACCCACGGGAGAAAGCAUCAUUGCUUUCACGCCUGCUUUUCUUAUGGAUAGUUCCGCUCUUUAGGAAAGGGCUUAAAAAUGAGUCCUUAAUUUUAGAUGACAUGUACGAUGUCCCAGAGGAAGAUAUUUCCCACAAGUUGGGAGUUCGACUUGGCAAUGAGUGGGAAAAGGAAAGAAAGUGUGCUGGAAAGAAAGCAGUACAGCCCUCGUUUUUUAAAGCUUUGGUGGCAGUAUUUGGUAAAUUGUACCUGUUACUUGGAUUAGCUGUGCUAUUUGAUGAAUGUGUUAUCAGAGUUGCUCAACCAAUAUUCCUUCGUCAUCUCAUCCGCUCAUUUAGUGAUCAAUCCGUGUCAGAAUCUGAACAAUACUUUUAUGGCCUUGGCGUUUGCCUUACGUCGCUUCUUCAUGCUGUGAUAAUUCACCCUUUAUCGUUUGAAAUUCUGCACAUUGGAAUGAAAUACAGGAUCUCAGCCUGCUCCCUCAUUUACAGAAAGACCAUCCUAUUGAGUAGAGCUGCUCAAGAAGACACCACAAUAGGAAAUCUCAUUAAUCUUAUAUCCAAUGACGUGGCUAAGUUUGAUAUGAAUCUCUUAUUUAUUCCAUAUCUUAUCAUUGGUCCAAUACAAACGGUGAUAUUUACUUACUUUCUCUGGGAGGAGCUCGGAAUUUCAUGUCUCAGUGGCGUUGGAUUUGUCUUUCUUCUCAUGCCAAUUCAAUAUUACAUUGGGAUGCUUUCACGAAAUUUAAGAUUUAAAAUUGCUCAAAAAUCGGACGAAAGAAACAGACUAAUGAACGAAAUCAUUGUGGCAAUUCGAGUUAUUAAGAUGUACGCGUGGGAGCUGCCUUUCUCCUCUCUCAUCAACCAAGUGAGGAAAGAAGAAGUGAAAGUCAUUCAAAAACGAGCUUAUCUAAAAUCCUUCUAUCUCUCUCUGUUUUUGUCUUCCAAAAAGUUUAUUCCGUACUUGGCCUUUUUAACCUACGUAUCAGUAGGUCAUACACUCACGGCGGAUAAAGUGUUUUUUGCUGUGACAAUUUUUGACAUAAUAAUCGCGAAUAUGGUGUCCACAUUGCCAUCUGCUGCUGCAGGCUGCGGAGAGUUAGUAGUUGCAGUUAAGAGAAUUGAAUCUUUCCUGUUAUUGGAAGAGAAGACUGUGAAUAAUGCUAAAUUAGACAUUAGACAAGAAAAUGGAGAAAGCGAAGUUGUCCCUUCCAUCAAGAUGCAUAAUUUGACUGCUAGUUGGACCGGCGAUAAAAAUAACUUGGAUAAAUUAAAUGUUAAUUUUACUGGAGACAAACUUGUAAUGAUAGUUGGUCCUGUUGGCUGUGGAAAAUCAUCGUUUCUCCAAGCUUUACUCGGUGAAUUGCCAAUUUCAUCUGGAAAAUGCUAUAUUAAAGGCAAAAUUACGUACUCUGGUCAAGAUCCGUACAUAUUUUCUGGGACACUUCGUCAAAAUAUUUUGUUUGGAAAGGAUUACAAUGAAAAUUUGUACGAGGACAUAAUCUCUGUCUGUUCGUUGGACAGUGAUUUCCGCCAAUUCCCAUUAGGUGAAAAUACAUACGUAGGGGAAAGAGGUAUUACGUUGAGCGGAGGACAGAAAGCACGCGUAAACUUGGCUAGAGCAUUGUAUAGACAGUCCUCAAUUUAUCUGCUCGAUGACCCACUAAGUUCAGUAGAUUCGAAGGUUAGUCGACAUAUUUUUGAUAAAUGCAUCAAGCAGUACUUGGCCGGAAAUUUGAGGAUUCUUGUGACACAUCAGUUACAAUAUAUGCCAAAAGCGGAUCACAUAAUCGUCAUGAACAAGGGCCAUGUAAUUGCUCAAGGAACAUACCAAGAGUUGGUUGAAGAAGGGAUUGAUUUUCUGAAAUUAAUUACAAGUGAAGUAGAGCCGGAUCUAUAUCGGAAAGCAAGCUUAACAAAAUUGGAGGCUAUCGAACAAGAGCUAAAAAAGGAAGAAGAGGUUCGAGAUUCACAAGAAGAAAAAAUGACGGUUGGAUGCGUUUCGCUGAAAACUUAUUGGCAGUAUUUCCGAUCUGGUAAUUCCAUCGCUGGAAUGAUACUGGUAUUCACGGGAUUUCUAGUUUCGCAGUUGUUAUACACCGCUUCUGAUUAUUGGCUAUCGCACUGGACGAAUGAAGAAGAAGCUUGGUCAAUUUCAACAAAGCUCAAUUUUUCUGGUCUCGAGAACUCGUCCAACUCGUCAGAACGUAUUUCCGAAGUAUCAGUAGGAUUAGAUGAAGCCUUAGAUGCCAGUCAGCGAUGGACCACGACCUAUCUUGGUCAACAUGUCUACAUCGCUGUUUACAGUGGCCUUGUUCUGCUAAUUGCCUUACACACAAAUAUCAACAGUGCCUACUUUUUCAAAUAUUGCAUGAAGAUUAGUAGCAAUAUUCAUGACAGGAUGUUUGCUAGCGUUGUAAGAGCACCUAUGCAAUUCUUCGACGAUAACCCUUCCGGGCGUAUAAUGAAUCGCUUUGUACUGAUGUCAGUGCUUGAUGAAUCUCUCCCAGCUGCUUGUUACGAUGUUAUCACUAUAUUCUUGAUAAUGUUGGGAGUUAUCAUUGUUGUAAUUUUGUCAAAUUACUAUAUCUUCAUUCCAAGCACCUUCCUCUUAAUCUCGUUGAUGCUCAUUCGUCGAUUUUACAUUCAAACUGCUCGUCAAGUCAAGAGAUUGGAAAUUAUAUCUAGAAGCCCUUUGUUCACUCACUUGACAGCCACAAUACAAGGCCUAACUUCAAUCAGGGCACUUAAUGCCCAACCCAUACUGACACAACAAUUUGACGGGCUUCAAGACAUUCACUCUGCUGCCUGGUUUCUAUUCAUUUCAUCCAACAGAUUUUUUGGUGUUUGGUUGGAGCUGAUGUCUUGUGCUUUUCUGACGUUUGUCACAUUUAGCUUCAUGCUAUUCUCGAGCUCUACAAAGAGUGGAUUUGUUGGGCUCGCUAUUUCUUCCGUGCUCAGCGUCACAUUCAAAUUCCAGUGGGGGAUGCGACAGUCGGCUGAGCUAGAAAAUCUCAUGACCGUGACGCAGAGAUGUCUAGAGUAUAUUCAACUGAAACACGAACCUUCCCUUGAAAGUCAUCCAAAAAACCAACCACAAUCUAAUUGGCCAAAAUCUGGAGAAAUAAUUUUUAACAAUAUUUCACUAUCCUAUUAUGGAAAAGAAGUUUUGCGGGGAAUUUCAUUCAAGAUUCAAGCCAAAGAGAAAGUUGGUAUUGUUGGGAGGACGGGAGCAGGCAAAAGCUCAAUAAUUGCUGCCUUGUUCCGGAUGACAGAACCUGUGGGGGAAAUUUUCAUAGACGGCGUCAACGUUGGAGAAAUUGGACUACAUGACUUGAGAAAGAGAAUCUCCAUCAUUCCACAAGAUCCAGUGCUCUUCUGUUCUACAGUCAGAUAUAAUCUGGACCCGUUUGAACAGUUCCAAGACCAAGACUUGUGGCAAGUUUUGGAAGAAGUCGGUUUAAAGGAAUAUGUGACUGCCUUAGACAUGAAAGUAGCUGACAACGGAAUUAACUUCAGCGUCGGCCAGCGUCAACUUGUAUGCUUGGCGAGGGCAAUUUUGCGGAAAAAUAAAAUAAUUGUACUUGAUGAAGCUACCGCGAACGUAGAUUACAAUACGGACACAUUUAUACAACAAACCAUACGCAAAAAAUUUGCUGAUUGUACGAUAAUCACAAUUGCUCACAGGUUAAAUAGUGUGAUGGACUGUGACAAAAUUAUUGUGCUUGAUAAUGGAAGCAUUAUGGAAUGUGAUCAUCCAUUUGUUCUUCUGGGAAAUAAGGAAAGUAUAUUGUUUAGCAUGGCUCAACAUACUGGAAGAUCUAGUUUAGCAUUUCUGAAGAAUAUGGCCGAAAACGCUUAUAACAAAAGAGCUCAUCAAAGCAAGGAUGGGGACACAGAAAAUAACAUCAAAGUGGAUUAACAGUCAUCUUUAACAACUUGCUUUUACUUGUCAAAUCCGGUAUCGUACCUACGUCACACAUCCAAUCACUCUUUAAUUAAAGUACAAUUGAGAUACUCAGCAAGACUUGUGUUUAGAUUUAUAUAUAAAAACAAUAAUUGAAUAAAUGUGAUAUUUAUACGCAA